AUGCCGGUUGUGCGCGUGGUGCGUGCAGGAGCAUGGCUUCUCACUUCAAUCGUGCAAACUCAGCCACUGGUGCAGCAGUAUCGACAGAUCACCAACUACAGCAAACAGAACAAAUUUAAGCCAGAAGUGGCCGGCUUGCCAGUUACUAAUUGUGAAGAACUCUCCCCGGGAAUCCUGAACUCCCAGAAGGCUGUUGCGCUCUCAGUGCUCCAGAUUGAGAACUGCAUCGGCAACAGUGAUCUUGGUUCUUCUCUGCCUUCCUUGAGCAAAGUUCGCAGCUGGAAUGCUGAUCAGGCUGAGGCCAUUCUCAGCAAACUAUUCCAUUCUGGAUACCAGAUUCUGGACGGCCAGAGCCUCACAGCGCUUGGGAGUUUGGUGAUUGGGUUGAAGAGCAGCAGCCUGCAGGCUAUGCCUGCCAAAGCAGUCUUGGAUGCUGUUAAAGUCCCAAGUUUUGCUGAGCGACUAGAAGUUGUAUCACCCACUCUAAAAACUGCAUUUGUGGAAAAGCUAGUUGCUGCUGUAGAUGGAACCAAUGACUUGGUGAAACACAUCCCUAAUAGCCUGGUCCCCUAUAUACCAAAAUCAUUGUUGAACUUUAAUGACACGUUCGACAUUCAAGACCUCAAUGGCAAACCAUGGACCUCGGAACAGGCUGCCAUGUUUUUUGAUGUUGUAAUCCAGAGAGUCCCCGAUCUCAACAGCCUGUCCCCCUCCAUCUUGCACGGCUUUACCUGCGCAGUCGCUGCUAAUUUGGAUGAUGAGAGAUUCCAUCAGCUCACCAAGGCUCUGAAGGAGAAGGACGUCCCACUGAGAGAAGAUCAGCUAAGCUGCCUAGCCAAAAGAAUCAUGCUCAGUGGAAUGCCCAAGGAUUUCAACAACUAUCCUAAAGACGUGCUUCUUUUUAUAAGUCCAGCAGAUUAUGCAGCAACUGGAAACUGCGAAGAGUAUAUCACUCGUGUUGGGGAAGCCAACAUUGAUAUAUUAGAGAACGGGUCCCCACAAAGAACGCAGCUGCUGUCAGAGGCUUUAGCUUGUCUGAAUAUCCAUGGCGUCCAGGUGAGCAAAGAAGAUGCAGAAAUUCUGGGCCACUUGGGUUGUGAUCUUGGUGCAGAAUACAUCGCAGCAUCUGGCAAAAACUUGCUGAAGCAGUUAAAUCAUUGCCACUCCUUCACUCCUGAUCAGAUCCAAGCAAUUCAAGCUGUCCUCAUCAGCGGCAACACCCCCGUCGGGCCUCCUUCAAAGUGGUCCUCAUCUACUCUGGAGGAACUGAGAGGUUUGUUCCCUAUAUUCGGUGACAGCAUUCUGCAAAAUAUUCCUAAGAGUGUUUUAAUCCCGUGGCUGAAACACUUUGUACACAGUUCCCAUCCGCCAAGAGAACAGCUGGCACCUGUUGUGGAAAGCCUCCAGCCUUCGAGGCGGAAACGAAGCUCAGAAUGCCCACCCGAUAAAACCAUAACAGAGGAGAUGUUAAAGGAUGAGUUGAUGCCGAUUUAUUAUUCUCCUAGCGAGUUACAGACGUGCUUGAAGGGCGAAAUCCUGCUGGACAGCCUUGGUGUGGUUUCGAAUUAUGCUUUCACUCAGCAGCAGCUGGAAGUGGUAAAGAAAAACCUGGACGAGAUGUUUCCCACUGGAUAUCCGGAUUCAGUUCUUCGCAACCUUGGGGUCCUCAUGGGUAUGAUGAGUCCUGAGGACAUUAAAAAGUGGAAUAUCAGCUCGACAGAAACACUGGAGAGUUUGUUGGACGCGCAGCCUAACGACGACCUGGCCACCCUAAUUAUUCAGAAAUAUGUUGAUUCUGGACAGCCACUGGAUAGCCAAGCUCUCAAUGCAAUUGGAUCAAAAUACAUAUGCCUCCUGAAUGAGAAUCAACUCAACAUGAUUCAUGAAAAUGCCAUCAAGAUGGCCAGCGACCUCGACCCGUCUAAUUGUUCCCAAACCACCAAGAAUGUCCUGUAUCCCAAAGCCAAGCGGGCAUUCUCUGACCGACACAAUGAGUUUCCUGCUUAUUAUAACCUGAUCAAGCCAUACUUGGGAGGGGCUCCAGGCGAGGAUCUGAGGGCGCUCAGCAAAAAUAAUGUCAACAUGGAUGUGGAGACUUUCUUGGGCUUGCAAAAAGAUGCGGUGAUGAAACUAACCCCCAGUGAUGUCAGAGGCCUGCUCGGAAUCAAUCUGCCAGACCUGAAGCUUCACCAGUCCAAUCCUGUACUAAGAGACUGGAGCUACAAACAGAAGCAGUCUGAGCUGAACAGUCUGGGCCUUGAGUCCAAGGGUGGGCUACCAGAUGGAUACGUUGAUCUUCCUCGCAGAUCUAACCGUAGGAAACGUCUGGCAUUUGCUUUCUAGGGGAGAGGGGGUUAACUUCAAGUCCACUCAGCAAGCAAAUUACAAGCAGGCAAGAAAGCGUUCCAACCUGGGAAACAGAAUGUAGGAGUUAUUUUAAAAUAAGUCUCAAUGUAUCUUUGGGGUGUGGAGGUACUAUUUUCUUUAUCUAGCAUAGUUCUGUAUUCUUCCUCUCCUAUAAGUUGCUUGGGGCAGCGUACAUGUUUUUCCCCAUUUUAUCUUCAUAA